GUUAUAGACCAGCUCAUGUCAAAUAAGGUCAGAUAGGAAGAUUUUACAUUUAUGGCAGUGUUUGGAAGAUUUUUAUGUGAAAAUUGAAGUAAGAAGAUGGAUUGAAGAUUGCAGUUUUUUGGCUGAGUAGAGAAUAUGAGGGGACUUUUAAAUCCCUGUUGAUAUCUCCGACCUUUAUCUCUGAUGGAAUUUAUACCUGUACAGUAGUGCCUUUUUCACAACACUGAGGUAUUUUUCCUUUGAAGCAUUUGUCAUCAAGAACCCUCAGCCAAUGUGUGUGAAUGUUUUUCCAAAGACCCCCCUUCUAAGGGGAGGGAGAUUUAUAGCAGAAUGAGGGGGCCUGGAUGACCUGAUCUGAUGGCUUACCUGCCUGUUUGUUUCUGUGUGGUUUUGUGUGCCUCUCUACUCCCAGCUUCAGGACAAACAAAAUGUCUCAAUGUUACAGAAGUGGCAGAGAAGCGACAAUUUUACUACAAUGCCCGGAGUCUGACUAUUAUGCUGGAGAGCAGUGGUCGGGUUUCCCAUGACAUCGUUAACAACGUACUGAAGAUUCUCCUCCAGGAGGUGGUGGGAUACAGUAGGGUAGAGGUUCAACAGGAACACAGCCACACCUAUAACUCUACCGUGGUCCUCAACCGACUACAAGGGUGUACAGACUGCUCUAGUAGUGGGAAUCAGAUGGUACCUAAAUCUAUGAUUAAUAUUGAGGUACCUGUCACCUCAGAGCUGAACACAGGAAAAUGGACCUCCUCUAGACAUGUAGUUGAUCUGGGUCAACUGGGACCAUUUGCUAGGCUUGGAAUAUUCCUCCCUUGGUACACUGUGGAUGACUUAUGGAAGCAGAAGGUCAUAGGUGACCACUGGAGGUCACUGUUCAUACCAGAGGUCAUAGAAAAAUUUUCCUACAAGUCAAAGUUUUCAUCUUUGAUCAACCUAACAAUUUCUAGUGACAACAGUGAUAAUCCCAAACAUUUCUGUGAAUCUGGCUGUCAUGGUGGAUUAUACUAUGGACCAGCAUGUGACAACCAACAUGAAAACUGCUCUGUAUUGUUUUCAACAUAUCCAGAAUAUGAUGCAGACAUUCUGAAGUCCUUGAUUGUGAAACUGGACCUCCCCCUUAUUGUUGCCUGGAUUGGAGACAACUUUCUCCCAUUUAUCUCCGAUCGACUACAAAAGAAACUGCCAGUUCUGUUCUUUGACUUUGAGCCCAAUCCAUUGACAGCAUCCUACAACCUAACCAGUAUUCGUCUUCCCUCAUGUGUUCCCAAAGACAAUCAGCUUACGGCUGGAUGUGAAUUUAGGUGGAGAAACCUUGAAAAGUUUGUUUGGAAGAAAAUUAAAGUGAACAUACCUGAGGCAGCUUAUGUGAUCUCAAAGUUAGAAUUUCCUCCACACCAAUACCAGUACCUCCUUAAAGCUUAUUCAAAAAAGUUAUCUACAGAAAAGGUGGCUUGUGAUUGGCUGAAAGACAAUGAGGUGACUUGGAGGUCAUGGAUACCUCCUGACCUUUCCCACAAACCCCGAAUUUUUCUUCUAGGAAUGUUUCCACUUACUGGUGGGCAGUGGCAACAACCUGGAUUAAAAGCAGCUGCAGAGUUGGCUAUCAGUAGAGUUAAUCAGGACAGUACAGUGCUUCCUAAGUAUGAUCUCCAGAUCCAUUACAUCAACAGUCAGUGUAAAGCAGACGUAGCCAUGAAAGAGUUCAUCAAAUACGUUCAGAAUGACAAUAUUGGUCCUAUUGCAGGAGUAUUAGGCCCUGCCUGCUCAGAUGAAGCGGAACCUAUUGCCUCCCUUUCCAAACAUUUUCAUAUGUUGACAGUUAGUUAUGGAGCUGAAUCCCCAUCUUUAUCUGACAGAGUUACCUACCCCUACUUUUAUAGAACAAUUCCAAAUGCAGGACAACACAAGUACAUCUACCAGCAGAUGUUUGCCCAGAUGGACUGGGAACAGAUCGGAGCCUUGGCAGAAAGGACUCAACACUUCCCAGAGUAUCAUGUUACACUACAAGACUACUUCAAACUUCAUGGAAUCAACAUGAUUGUCAAACAAAAUGUCAAAGUUGUCAACUCUAAAACUGACUUCUCCCAGGUAUUUGCGGACUUAAGAUCUGCAGAUGUAAGGAUAAUUAUCGCUGAUUUCUUUCCCAGUACAGCCAGACUGAUCAUGUGCGAAGCUUACAAACAGAGAAUGACUGCCCGUGAGGGAUAUGUUUGGUUCCUCCCAGGCUGGUAUGAACAUGACUGGUGGGACGUAGAUUACCACAAUAAGAGGGUCUAUCCCCAGGACGUGGUGCCCUGUGACACAGGAAUGAUGAGAUAUGCUGUGGACGGACAUUUCAUGCUGUCUAAGACUUUCUCUGGGUCCAUUAAAUCUCUGGUGAUUGGUAAUCUGACAGUGGGGCAAUACAAACAGCUGUACACCAGACAGAUUAGUGAUGAGGGCGUAACAUCAAGUUCAUUUGCCAGUUUUGUAUAUGAUGCAGUAUGGGUGUAUGCCUCAGCAUUGCAUUCCUUAUUAGAAUCAGAUCCCAGUGCUGUCAAACAUUUACACUCAGAGAAGAACACAAGGCUUUUGGUUGACAGUAUUGGGAAGACUAACUUCAGGGGGGCAUCAGGAGAUGUCCACUUUGAGGGAAGUGACCGCCAGAGCAAUAUCAAUGUCAUGCAGUUCUUCCACAAUGGCACCUGUGUGAUAGGCUCUUAUGAACCAGGUCACUCUUCCAAAGGGGGACAACUCCUCUUGGACAUGUCCAAAAUCAAGUGGCUGACUCCGGGGGGAGAGCCCCCAACUGAUGGGAGGAAAGUGAUUAAACACUGUGUGAUAGAGAACUUCCGACAGCUUGUUGGAGUUACUUGUGAGAUGGCCAUUGUUAUAGCCAAUGUCAUUGGGUUUGCUUUUCUCAUCAUCCUGGUUUUGGUUGUCAUAGCCUUCAUAAAGUACAGGUAUGAUGUAAAGAUGCGCAGCACACAUGACCGUAUGAAGGAGCUCGGGCUACUGCCCAAUGAUUUUGCCAAAUGUUUUACUUUGGAUGAGUGGGAGAUGCCUCGAGACAAAGUGGUGCUGAACAGGAAGCUGGGAGAGGGGGCUUUUGGCACAGUAUUUGGUGGGGAGGCAUACCAGGAUAAUGAACUGUGGGUAGCUGUGGCAGUCAAAACUCUCAAAGUUGGAUCACGAGUUGAAGAAAAGAUUGACUUUUUGAGUGAAGCUGAGAUAAUGAAGAGAUUCCAUCAUCCUAACAUUGUACAACUACUAGGAGUGUGCACUAGAGGGGAGCCAUUCUAUGCAAUCAUGGAAUUUCACCUGUAUGGUGACCUGAAGACAUAUUUAUUAUCCCGUCGUAACCUGGUGGGUCUGGAGUGUAAGGAAGCUGACGAGAUCCGCCCCGAGAGGCUCACCAUGAUGGCCCUGGAUAUUGCAUGUGGUCUCCGAUAUAUCCAUGACCUAAAAUAUGUUCACAGAGAUCUGGCCUGUAGGAAUUGUUUGGUUCACUCCAGUGGCCGAGUGAAGAUUGGUGACUUUGGCAUGACUCGCCCAAUCAUUGAGUCAGAUUAUUACAGAUUUACGAAGAAAGGCAUGCUGCCGGUGAGAUGGAUGUCUCCAGAGAGUCUGUCGGACGGCCUCUUUACAGCCAAGUCUGACAUGUGGAGUUACGGAGUUCUCCUGUUUGAAAUUGUGACAUUUGGUAGUUUUCCUUAUCAGGGUUUGUCUAACAGCCAAGUAGUCGAGUAUGUCAAAGCAGGAUCUCGGCUGAUGCUUCCACGGCAGUGUCCUGAUGAACUGUGUACAUUUAUUUACAGCUGUUUGGCCUAUGAACCCUGUGAUAGGCCGGACACUGGUGACAUUAUUGACCAGUUGCUGAAGCAGCCAGACUUUCUCAUACCUUGUUUAGAUGCUCCUGCAACAAGUGUGGAGGACACAGAAGAUGCCGAACUUCUGACAUCGUCGCAGCACAAUACGAUAACAAAAGCCAAUUCAUUCAACCUCACAACAUUGUUAAAUAGAUUGUCUACAGCUUCUAAUGAUGGCAAAAGACUCAGUGGGGCAAGUCAGGGAGGAAAAGUUCCAAGCAAAUAUACCAUUAAGACAUUUGUUCCUGCAAUUCUGGGUCGUCCCAGGAGUAACAGCAUUAGUUCUCCUCAUCCUAGUCACAAAAAUCAUGAAUAUUUUGAAAUCCAUGACGAAAGUCCCUCCAAUACAUUGGAUAAAUCUCAUCGUCAUUCUAUGGAAAUCCAAAGGGAACAUAUACAUCUGGAUCCAAGCAUUUCACUGCUGGACACAUAUCCCCCUGCUGGGGAGAGAACAGACACCACUAGUGAUUACUUUAGUGACAAUUCCAAAGAGAUUGUUCAAAACUUGACGUUUGAGUUUUGUCAGACAAUUACAUCACUAUGAUUUUUCUUUCAUACUUUUGUUUCAAAUUAAGAGGUCAAUCAAAUAUCAGGUUGUGAAUUUUUUUCUAAUGUACAGCUUUAUUCCAUGUUGUGGCAUUCCAUGUUUCAAUUUUGACAUAAGCAUAUAGACAUUUGCAUCAUUAAUUUAUUAACAAGCCUGUAACUUGUAAAUGAAACAGAACAUAUGGUGCUUAAAACCCUCCCUCAUUGAGGACAGGAUAUGUCUCUAGGAUCUGUGAUAAUUCAAAUCCCCCAUGGCAGUAGAAUUCACUGCCAGUCUGACAUUGUCAUCUGGAUACCGUGAACUUGUUUAUGACAGCAAUGAUGUGUAUUGUACACUGUUGACAAAUUGAAGUUGAUAGUAGAUAUACAGUGAAUGUGCAACUAUAUGUAUAAUAUAUAUAAGCACUACAUUGAAGUAUGUUUUAAAGUAAAAAUGAAAACUUAUCUAAAUCAGUAUCCCCUUAGUGUUCUUUCAUAUAUGUCAAGUCGAGCCCCCUUCCCUGUCAAAAUCAAUGCAAUUGAACACCCCACUACAGCAAUUUUUAGGGACCUUCAAGUUUUGGCAUUUAUAGCAAUGGACUGGACAGCACUGAAAAUAAAUGACAAGAAUUCAAUCACAAAAUAUAAAUUAUCCUAAAAUCACUUAAAUUUAGUCACUUUUAUAAAUAGGAUAGAAUUCCUAAAUUGUCAGUCGCGAGAACAUAGUUUGUAGAUUGCUAUCUGUGGGGAAUAAUGUCAUUUUAUACGCAUUUCAGCAAUGUAUGUAAUUUUUCUACAUUAACAGUAUAUAUUUUUUGUACAGAAUCUCAUGGUAUUGCAUUCUUGUCAUUUUUAGACCCCCAACCCCACCCCCCUCCUUCAUGAUUGACAUAAAAUGUGAAUCUAAUACAGAGCAGCUUUAAGUAAGCAUAUUAAAAAACAGUUUCAAAUCAUUUCAGAAAUAUUGUAGAAGUAACCAUAUUUUUUUAUGUUUAAAAAGCAUUAAAUGAUGUAAGAUAUUUA